UGGCACAAGCAUAAAGCAUGGCCUCCAUUCAGUGUCUUCUACCCCUCUCUGCCAAUCCUUCCACUGGCCUCCAUUCAGUGUCUUCCAUCCCUCUCUGUUAAUCCCUUCACUGGCCUCCAUUCAGUGUCCUCUACCCCUCUCUGCCAAUCCCUCCACUGGCCUCCAUUCAGUGUCCUCCAUCCCUCUCUGUCAAUCCCUCCACUGGUCUCCAUUCAGUGUCUGCCACCCCUCUCUGCCAAUCCCUCCACUGGCCUCCAUUCAUGUCCUCCAUCCCUCUCUGCCAAUCCCUCCACUGGCCUCCAUUCAGUGUCCUCCAUCCCUCUCUGCCAAUCCCUCCACUGGUCUCCAUUC